AUGCCAGCCCCACAAGAAUUCCUCUCCUUCGUCGACACCAACGCCAAUGCCUUUAUCAAAAGGCUCGCAGAGGCCGUCGCUAUCCCAUCAAUCAGCGGAGACGCAACCCACCGCGCCGACGUCGUCAAAAUGGGCGAAUGGCUCAACACCCACCUCAAAGCCGUAGGCGUCUCCACCCAGCUCGUCGAUCUAGGUAAACAUACCAUGGACGGGGAAGAACUCAAUUUACCCCCCGCGAUACUUGGCCGGAUCGGGGAUGAUAAGAGCAAGAAGACCGUUCUUAUCUAUGGGCAUUUCGACGUUCAACCUGCAAAUAAAUCGGACGGAUGGAACACUGACCCAUUCACGUUGACCAUCGACGAAAGUACCGGCCAACUCAUCGGUCGUGGGUCUUCCGACGACAAGGGCCCCGUGUUGGGGUGGCUUAACGUUCUUCAGUAUCACCACCAACAACGUAAAGCCCUCCCUGUGAAUCUGCGGUUCUGCUUUGAAGGCAUGGAGGAGAGCGGGAGCGAGGGGCUCGAUGACCUUGUUGAGAGGGAGUCGAAGCCUGGUGGGUGGUUUGAUGGUGUUGAUUGUGUUUGUAUCUCGGACAAUUAUUGGCUGAACACACGUACCCCCGUGUUGACGUACGGCCUACGAGGCCUCACAUACCUCAAAGUCACCGUCCACGGGCCCGGACGGGACCUCCACUCUGGUGUCUUUGGUCGAACGGUAUACGAGCCCAUGACGGAUCUCAUCGCCAUCAUGAGUAAGCUUGUCGAUUCUCAAGGGAACAUUCUGAUUCCUGGUGUGGACGAGAUGGUGUGCGCUGCGGAUGAGGAGGAGAGGGAGAUAUAUGAGUCUUUGGAUUAUAGCUAUAAAGAUAUCGAGAGCGCAGCGGGUGGUCCGGUUGCGCUGACCACCGACAAGGUCGACCUUUUAAUGGGCCGGAUGCGGUACCCCAGCUUGUCGUUACAUGGUAUUGAGGGCGCGUUCAGCGGCGUUGGAGCCAAGACUGUCAUUCCCGCAAAGGUCUCAGGGAAGUUUAGCAUUCGGUUGGUACCACCCCAAACGCCAGAGAUCGUCGACCCCUUGGUGAUAAGCUACAUCGAAUCCGAGUUUGCGAAGCUGAACACGAAGAAUACGUUGACGAUUGAGAAUUUGCAUGGUGGGAAGCCGUGGGUUGCUGAUCAUACGCAUUGGAAUUUCGAGGCUGCGAAGAGGGCUACCAAGGCGGUGUAUGGGCAAGACCCGGAUUUGACGAGGGAGGGUGGGUCGAUUCCUGUUACGCUGACGUUUGCGGAGAGUCUUAAAGUGAAUGUGUUGUUGUUGCCUAUGGGGAGGGGGGAUGAUGGUGCUCACUCGACGAACGAGAAGCUGGACAGGUCGAACUUUAUUGAAGGGACGAAACUUCUUGGAACGUAUCUUUACGAGUUGGCUGAUAUCCAGGGGAAGAAGUAGGGUGUUGCCGGAGAGACAAGACGGACGCAAGGAAGACAAGAAAGUAGUAGUUGUUCAUGGGAUUCAGAAGGACCCUGACGUGUAUUGAGUAUCGUGUAUACCGUGUACGAUGUUGUGUUUGUG